AUGGCCCUCACCGGAAUCUGGUGCGCAUUUGUGCUUGUGUGUGUCAAGCUGUGUCAGACGGGGAAGAUCGACUCUGUCGGAGGGUCGUCGGAUCUCAAGCUCGGACACCAGGAUAAGCCAACAUGGCUCGAAACAUUACAGGAGAAACAGGUGAGGAGCAUGGUGUUCUGUUAGUACCUUUUCAGGGUUUGUGAAAAUUAGGCGAUAUAAAGUUGACUUUACUUAGUGGAACGAAUGAAUUGAGUGGAUCUGUCCAUGGUUCUGAAAUGGCUAAUUGGCAGAAUGGCAGUAAACGCACAAAAUGAUAGGCUACUUCACUUUGGAUGUUUUAUUUUAGUAGGCUAGCCUACCUAUGCUAGGCUAUUUGCCAUUUUAAUUAACAAGGAAUGCAUUUAACAUUUGCAGCUAUGUAAGAACAUAUCGUUUUCCUUUCACAGGUAUCCGCCGACGACAAAUACAACCUCGCCUGGCUGCUUUACAAGCUUCCACAGUCACACCACGACAACACGUUCAAAACAAACUUUCUCCCUCAUGGACCGGAGAGUGUCGGGAAACAGGAGAGUAGGCGCGAGACUAUACCGCCGGACUCGCGCGUUCGCAAACAAGGAUGCAAAGUGUUCUUUUGGAAGUCAUGGACCGCAUGCUGA